ACUUAAUCAUCACAAUUUGUCUGCACAAGAUCGAUGAUAAUGUCAUAUUUUCUUGUGUGGUGGCACAAAUAUUCAAAUUGUGACAAUUAUUCCUUGGCAGACAGCCCGUUUGUAAUAAACAUAAUAACUUGUCCACGUGUGGAAAUUAAAUGAUUACUGACCUCCAUUUUAUUAUGUGUGCUGGAGCAAGAGAAGUGCGGUUUAAAUUCUGUAAUUGCAAAAUUUGGAGCUUGACGUGUAAUGGGAAAAUAAAAUGGUUUUCCUGUGAAUAAGUGGAUAGUAAAUGAUGUGAAUAAAAAGGUGGUUUACUUCGACCAAUCAAUGAUUUGAGUUGUGAUGAAAAUUAUUUCUACGAGAAAACAACUGUAAAUUCGAAUCCCUAGGCAUUUGCUGGAAAGGCUGGUAGCCGAUAAAGGUUUCACCUGUUAACCAGAGAAUGUGAAGACUCAAUUCGAACGGGAGAGUGAUGUGUGAUAGUUCCACUUAUACUAAUGGAUCGAAAGGGACCAAGAAAAAGGAAGGCCCAUCCUAAGGAAAGUGCUAACUUUUUGUCGAAAAUUACUUUUUUUUACACAAAAGGAAUAUUUUGGAGAACAUAUAAAGAAGGAACAAUAGAAGAAGAGAACUUGUACGAUGUUUUGAAAAAUAGUCAGUCAGAACUACUGGGCAAUGAAUUAGAAAAAUAUUUUGAAAAUGACCUGAAGAGACAUACUUCUAUAUCGCUCUACAGAAUUUUGUGGUCUUGUUAUGGAUAUGAGUAUUUGAUGCUAGGCUUGAUCCAGCUUAUAAUUAGAACAUUGGUUAUAGUAUCGAUACCAAUGACUCUCUCAAAAGUUGUUCUCUACUUCCAACCUGGCCAGAAGGAAAUCACCAAAAAGGACGCUCUGAUACUAGCAACUCUUUUAGUCUCACUGAACUUUUUCAGCAUAACGUAUCUACAUAACUAUUUACUUUACCUCGUUGAGAUGGGAAUCAGAGUGAGAACUGCUUUUUGCUCGGUAAUUUAUCGGAAGUGCUUGAAAAUGACGUCGACUGCCUUGUCCAAAAUAACUGUAGGAAAAAUUGUAACACUGAUGACAAAAGACGUUACUGCUAUAGAACUUGCCAUCUUUUAUGGAAACGAUGCAUGGAUUGGAUUCGUACAGGCUAUAAUUGUAUGUUAUUUGAUUUACUACAGAAUGGGACUAGCAGCCUUUGUUGGAAUAGGAUUUUUUAUCGUCGUCAUGCUCAUACAGAUUUACGUGGGCAAUAUAACAAAAAAACUGCGGAUGCAGUCAUCUAAGAAGACCGACGAAAGACUUCAAACGACUCAAGAAACAUUAUCAGCAAUCAAAUUUAUCAAAAUGAAUGUGUGGGAGCGAUUUUUCGAAAAGAAAAUUUCGUAUGCGAGAAAGAUGGAAAUGAAAGUGAUUCUGAAGACAUACCUCACUAAAGUUACGUUAUUAUUGCUUGGAACCCUAACAUCCAAGGUAGCCUUCUACUUACUACUUAUGACAUACCUAUGGUUUGGACAUACUGUUACAGCAGAAUUGAUAUAUUACAUUAGCACGCUGUUCCUACGGAUAAGGCAUGCGCUCAAUGUAGCUAUUCCCACAGGUGUAACAACCAUAGCAGAAUUACGAACUGCUAUUGAUCGUAUUGAAGAUCUGAUGAGCGCAACGGUUUUGUCCACAGUAGAAAACCAAGAACUGCUCCAAACGAAACCAAGAAUCAUGCUGAAGAAUGUAACAGUUAGCAUCGAUAACACCAAAUUACUAGAAAAUGUAUCAUUCACUGUGACUACCGGACUAACAUUUCUCGGCGGGCCAACUGCUUCAGGGAAAAGUAUUCUUUUGAAAACCAUUCUCAGAGAGUAUGACCUUGAAACUGGGAGCAACGAUACCAGUGGAUCAAUUUCGUAUUCAUCGCAAGAACCGUGGAUUUUUCCGUCGAGUCUGAGACAGAAUAUAAUUUUUGGGCAGCAGUUCAUCCAAUCUAGAUAUGACGAGGUGUUGAACAUCUGCGAUCUCCAGCUGGAUAUUCAAAGUUUUGCGGAAGGAGAUAAUGUCAUAAUUGGAGACAAAGGAACCAAUGUGAGCAAAGGACAAAAAUCAAGAAUUAGUUUAGCAAGAGCCGUCUACAAAGAAGCUGACAUAUAUCUUUUAGACGACUGCCUGACAUCACUAGACGUUCAAGUACGAAAGACUGUUUUCAAAAAAUGCAUAAGAGAGUUUUUAGGAAACAAAAUAGUUAUUUUUGUAACUCAGCACCUCGAGAGUGUGUUGCCGGGCGAUAAUUUGAUUAUAAUGCAGAACGGGGAAGUUAGUUUACAAAAAAUAACUCACCGAGAGAAUGAUAAUAAUGCCAAAAGUGAUAUUUUGAACAACAGUGAACUAGCAGUUGUCGUGGAGAUGAAUAAUAACAAUAUCAGUGAAACUGACGAUGAAUUCAGUUCAGAAGCUACAAAAUUAUUGGAUUAUAACCAGAAAUCAGCAACUAAAAAUGUCUAUCAGGAAGCGAAACAUUCUGGCAAAGUACCGUGGGAUGUUUAUGCUGAAUACAUCAACUAUGGAGGUGGAUACUGCGUAAUGAUUCUGAUUUUGAUACUUUUCGUUGGUACACAGUUUGCCAAAAGUUACACAGAAAAGAUACUCAGUAACUGGAUUGACGACGUGCAUGAAACGCAACUGGUGGCUGAGAACUCUAACGAAACCAUUAUCAAUGAACCACCGCCUUCUAUCACAGUUCUAUACUCCUCACUCACCACAGCAACAGUCAUUUUAUGUUUGGUCACGUCAUUUUCGUUCUUCAAUUUUACCAAAAAAUCUUCCGUUGGACUCCACAAGUCAAUGGUUAAUGGAAUCGUACACGCGGCAAUGCAGUUUUUCGACAGCAACUUCAUCGGGAAUAUUUUGAAUAGAUUUUCAAAUGAUUUGAGAAUCAUCGAUGAAUUGUUUCCUGUUAUCGUGUUCGAGUUCUUCGAGAUUUUGUUUGGGAUUUGUGGAACAGUAUUUUUGAUAGCAACAGUCAACACAAUUAUUAUGAUUCCAACUCUGAUUAUAUGUGCAUGUUUGUUUUUAUUGAGAAAAUUGUAUAUACCCACAGGAAGAAACCUACAAAGACUAGAGACAGCAACUAAAGGUCCUGUCGUAGGCUACUUGAAUGCUACUCUAGAAGGAUUGCCAACAAUCAGAGCAUUCAAAACUGAAUAUCUGCUUACCAAAGAAUUUGAUAACCAUCAGGAUUUAUAUACUUCUGCAAACUUUACUUCAAAAAGUUGCCAGAGAGCUUUUGGAUUCGCGUUGGAUGUAUGUUGUACACUGUUCAUAGCAUUCAUAAUCGGAAUAUGUUUAAUAUUUGAUAAAGAUACAUCUGUGGGAAACGUCGGUCUAGCUAUAACUCAAGCCUUCACUCUUAGUAGCGUGGUUCAGUAUGGAAUAAGACAGUGGGCAGAGAUUGAAAGUAAAAUCACUUCAGUCGAGAGAGUAUUGGAAUACACUGAAGCCCCACUAGAAUACCAGAAGAAAAUAUCCAAAACUUCUUGGCCACUUGACGCCACCAUAGUAUAUGAAAACGUCAGCUUUGGAUACGAAAAGAAUGGACUGAACGUUCUAAGAAAUAUGAGCUUCACCAUAAAGAACAAGGAGAAAAUUGGAAUUGUUGGCCGAACAGGUGCUGGUAAAACGUCGAUAAUGUCAACACUGUUCCGUUUGUAUGAAUAUGAAGGAAAAAUCACUAUUGGUGGUAUGGACAUAAAAGAUCUAUCACUUGACAUUCUUCGAUCGAAUAUCGCUAUAAUCCCACAGGAUCCAGUAUUAUUCUCUGGUACGAUAAGAAGUAAUAUAGAUCCUUUUGACAAAUAUGAAGACGAAGUUAUUUGGAAAGCUGUUGACAAAGUGGGGUUGAAACCGUUAUUCUCUUCUUUAUCUGCUCGCAUCUCAGGAGGUGGGUCCAAUUUCAGCUCAGGCCAAAAACAGUUGAUAUGCCUUGCUAGAGCCCUUGUGAGUGGGAACAGAAUUUUGGUGUUGGACGAAGCUACAGCUGAUAUGGACCAGGAAACAGAUCAACUCAUAAACAAAGCUGUUUUUGACAGUUUCUCUGGAUGUACUUUGAUAAUAAUUGCUCAUAGACUUCAUUCAAUUAUGUUUUGUGACAGAGUGAUGGUUAUCGAAACCGGACAGGUACAAGAAUUUGAUAAACCCGAUAUUUUAGCACAGGUGCAAGGUGGUAUAUUUCACGGUAUGUUGAAGGAAGCAGGAUUAUUGAAGUAGAUUGGAUGGACUAGAAUGUGUAAUUAUGUUUCAUUAUUAUAAUUAUUCAAAUAUAUUUAUUUUUAUAAA